AUGGCUGCCACCGCUCCUGCCGCUCCUGCAAUGGAGACCUCCCGCAUCUUCGUUAGGGGAUUGCCUCCCAAGAUCACCGAUGCCGAUUUUCGAAAGCACUUUUCAGCUGGCGGUCGCGAGGUCACAGAUGUCAAGGUUAUCCCUCAAAGAAGGAUUGGCUACGUUGGGUACAAGACGCCUGAGGUUGCUGCCAAGGCUGUCAGGUACUUUAAUAAGUCUUACAUUCGCAUGUCGAGAAUCAAUGUCGAACUUGCAAGGCCGAUUGCAGAUGCUGUCCCUCAGAAGAUGAAGGCGACGGGCGAGCAGUCGUCCGUGGCAAAGCUGUCAGAACCAGCUGCUCCUCCGCCACCCGAUGCAGAGAAGGAUGACAACAAGAAGCGCAAGCGGCAGGAGAUCGAUGAAUCUGAUCCCAAGCUGCGCGAGUAUUUGCAGGUCUUCCAGCCCGGCAACAAGUCUUCCGCCAAUGAGAUGUUGGAUGUGAUGGACGAUGUCGCCGCUGCUAAAAAGCAGAAGAAGCUGCUCGAGGAUGGCGAAAGUGACGAUGAAUAUGAAACUAUCCCGGCUCGGCCUGAAAAACGAUUGAUGAGGGAGGCACCGAAGGGAGACCAUCCCGCGGAACCUUUGCCGGAAAAGGACGAGGCAAUGCCGGACGCCGCGCCAAUCCCUGGGCCGACGCCAGACGCGUCUCAGGAGGAGGCUGCUCCCGCUGCUGUAAACAACAACGCGGCAACUUCGGACGAUGAUUGGCUUCGCUCAAGGACAAAUCGUCUCUUAGAUCUCGUGGAUGAUGACGAAGUGCCCCAACCUCCGGCUCAACAAGACAGUGGAGAGACAGUCGGAAGCACACCCGCACUCAAUCACGAGGGACCCGCGGAGGGCUCCGAGAAACCCAAGUCCGAGACAGAGGCCGGAGCUGAAGCUGAAGACGCCCCGGUCCCUUCUGAGGAAAAGCCUGCGAAGGACGAAGAUGAUGCCCUUGCCACCAUCAAGCGAACCUUCAGGCUGUUCGUCAGGAAUCUGGCCUACACCGUCAGAGAGGACGACCUGCGAGACCACUUUGAACAGUUUGGAGAGCUCCAAGAGGUACACCUGCCGGUCACUGCUGCUGGGGCAAGCAAGGGCUUUGCCAUGGUGCAGUUCACGAAUGCCGACUCUGCUGUUGCCGCAUUCCAGUCGUCGGAUGGUCAGACCUUCCAAGGGCGACUUCUACACAUCUUGCCUGCUGCGGAAAAGCGCGACACAGGGCUGGAUGAGUUUGCAAUCUCCAGACUGCCCUUGAAAAAACAGAACCUGAUCCGAAAGAAGGCCGAGGCUGCCUCUAGCUCCUUCAACUGGAAUUCUCUCUACAUGAGCCAGGACGCAGUCAACGCCUCAGUUGCCAGCCGCUUGGGGGUGUCUAAAUCAGAGCUUCUCGAUCCCACAUCGGCAGAUGCUGGUGUGAAGCAGGCCAUCGCCGAGACGUCGAUCAUUCAAGAGACUAAGGCAUACUUCGCAUCCAAUGGUGUCGAUCUCGAUGCCUUCAAGUCACAAAAGCGGGGCGACACGACCAUUCUGGUCAAAAAUUUCCCGUUCGGUACGACGAUGGAGGAGCUGAGGACCAUGUUCGAGGAGCAUGGUACGGUUCUGAGGGUGUUGAUGCCGCCUAGUGGUACCAUUGCCAUUGUGGACUUUGCUCAGGCAGCACAUGCAAAGGCGGCGUUCGCCAAGCUUGCGUACAGACGGAUCAAGGACACUGUGCUGUUCUUGGAGAAGGGCCCCAAGGACCUUCUCAAGACUGACGCCUCAGUAAACAUGACGCAGGGCAAGACAGAUAGGCCCGCUGGUGUUCAGAAGCUCAGCGUGACGGAGCUUCUGGGGCGGGAUGAACAGGGCGAGGCAGACUUCGAGACAACGUCGCUGUUCGUCCGGAACUUGAACUUCUCCACAACAACAGAGAAGUUGGCGGAGACGUUUAAGCCGUUGGACGGUUUUGUCUCCGCAAGAGUGAAGACCAAGAUGGACCCCAAGAAGCCUGGACAGGUGUUGAGUAUGGGUUUCGGCUUUGUAGUGUUCAAGACAAAGGAGCAGGCACAGGCCGCUCUCAAGUCGAUGGAUGGAUUUGUUCUCGAAGGACACACUCUCGCCGUCAAGGCCUCGCACAAGGCCCAAGACGCAGCAGAGGAGCGCCGCCGGGAAGACAAGGCUCGCAAGGCGGCCGGACAGCGGACCAAGGUCGUCAUCAAGAACUUGCCCUUCGAAGCAACAAAGAAGGACAUCCGUACCCUGUUUGGCACUUAUGGCCAGCUCAGGGCGGUGCGCUUGCCCAAGAAGUUCGGCAACUCGACCAGAGGUUUUGCUUUUGCCGAGUUUGUCACGCCGCGGGAGGCGGAAAACGCGCUCAACGCGUUGCGAGACACCCACUUGCUCGGCCGCAGGCUUGUCCUCGACUUCGCGGAAGCCGAAGCGGUCGAUGCGGAGGAGGAGAUUGCCAAGAUGCAACGCAAGAUCGGUGGCCAGGUCAACAAGGUCGCGCUAUCGCAGCUCAUGGGCCAAGGAAGGAAGAAGGUCAACAUUGGAGGCGACGACGCCGACGAGAUGGAUAUGUGA